CCUCACCCUCUUUUAUGGGCUGUCCGGCAGCUGGACAGCGGAGGCAUGGGUCCGAGGACAGCCAGCCCAGGCUGGUUCCUAAUUACCCUGGGGCGGGGCAGACACCUGCCAGGUUAGGAACACAGUGUCCUGGCUGGCCGGACCCCAGGGUGGGGUUAGGCGGAGCCAUGUUCCUAGUGCUGGGGUGGACUUGAGAGGUUCGGGCACCCCCCCCUUUGGGGAUAGAACCCUGAGCUUCCACCCCUCCCACACCAGACUCAAGGUUGAGGAGGAGGGCUGCUUUUGCCCAGCCAGACCCUCAGUAGGUGUGUCUGAAGGGAGAACAUCUCUUCUGUAUCCUUGCCAAGUGUGGGGACAAGAUUUCGUGUCCCUAAGUUUGUGUGUUCAAGGCACUGCCAAAAGUGUCUUGAGACCUGAGGGGGGCGUUGGGAGGGUGUGUCUUAGGUAUUGAUGUGCAAAUAAGUGCAGGUGAGUUUCAUGAGGGCUUAUGGCCUGACUCAGUCUGAAUGUGACCCUCUCGGUUUGUGGGACCAUUGGGAGGGGUCAAUGUAUGAGUGUCUUUGCAAAAUGGACAAAUCUAAGGGACCACCAGGACCUGGCUCUGACCCCAGGACAGUGUGUCACCUGUGGAGGACAGCUGUUUUCCAUCUGGUGUGACCAUGGGUGCGUUUUCAUGCAGCGGCGAUAAGGGAGUAAAUGUAUGUUACCUCCCUCUGCAUGACAGUGUGUGGCUGUGUGUGUAAAAGUGUUCCGGGGCCCAAGUAGGGUCUGCACUUGGCUGGUUGUAUGACCUUGAGUGUGUCUUUGUUACAUGGUAUGAUUAUGAAGGAAUUCAGGGUUCCUGCUCCUGCUUUCCUAGGUGGCUGUUUGGAGCACAAUGUGGAUGCCUGAGUGGUGAGAGCCUGGUGGGUUAGGAUCCAUCUGCUUUACACUUGCAUAUCGGUAUGGGGGGUGGAGUGGGUUAGGGUUCAGCGCCUGUUGUGUGACCCUAGAAGUCUUUGAGAUAGUCCGUACUGCUUUCUGGGUCACCGUGAUUGUGGGAGGCUGUAUUAAGGAAAGCUGAAUUUGUGUCUAGGUCUGUUUUGUGUGUUUCUGCGUGCCUCUCUGUGUGCAAUUACAGGCGACUGUAGAGUGACCCAACCUCACUGAGCGAUGUGGGUAUAUGUCUGGGUCUGGUAAGGAGAGGGUUCCUGCCCCCUCCCCCUCCGAGACAUCUGGAUCCAAGAUGUCUUGGAUCUGCCAGUGACUGGGAGAGGACUGGGAGGAGCAAGGGAGGACAGGGUAAAUCCCCCCCUCCUUCAGCCCCAGGUAACAAACCGAUGAGACUUCUCCAAACAAAGUUUGGUAGGCAGCAGCUGAGGGGGGAGGGCCAGGGAGAGGCCAUCCACGCCCACUCCCCAGCCCCCCCCCACAGCCUCACAGACUCUGGCUGCAGCCCCACCCAACGCAGACGCCACCCGCCCAUCCUGUCCCUGUCCCUGAGUGUCCCUGCACUAGCCACCAGCUUGCAGCCCGGCCCCCCAGUCCUCGGCCCUCAGGCCCUGGUCGCGUCUAGCCCCUUCUUCUUUCACUCGACCAGCCGGGGCGCCGCGAUGACCGUCACGUACACAGCCCGCGUGGCAAACGCGCGCUUCGGCGGCUUUUCGAAGCUGCUGCUGCUGUGGCGCGGGAGCAUCUACAAACUUCUCUGGCGCGAGCUGCUCUGUUUCCUCGGACUCUACAUGGCGCUGAGUGCCGCCUAUCGCUUCGUGCUGACCGAAGAGCAGAAGCGCUACUUCGAGAAGCUCGUCAUUUACUGCGACCAGUACGCCAGUCUCAUCCCGGUCUCUUUUGUGCUCGGCUUCUAUGUGACGCUGGUGGUGAACCGUUGGUGGAACCAGUACCUAAGCAUGCCCAUGCCCGACCCGCUUAUGUGUGUGGUGGUCGGCACAGUGCACGGGCGCGACGAGCGCGGCCGCCUCUACCGACGCACGCUUAUGCGCUACGCAGGGCUCUCCGGUGUGCUUAUCCUGCGCUCGGUGAGCACAGCAGUCUUCAAGCGCUUCCCCACCAUAGACCACGUGGUGGAGGCAGGGUUUAUGACUCGCGAGGAGCGCAAGAAGUUUGAGAACCUAAACUCGCCCUACAACAAAUAUUGGGUGCCCUGCGUCUGGUUCUCCAAUCUGGCGGCGCAAGCUCGGCGUGAGGGCCGCAUCCGUGACAACGGCGCCCUGAAAUUGCUGCUCGAGGAGCUGAAUGUGUUUCGGGGCAAGUGUGGGAUGCUCUUUCACUACGACUGGAUUAGUGUACCCCUCGUCUACACCCAGGUGGUGACCAUCGCAGUAUACAGCUAUUUCCUGGCCUGCCUCAUCGGUCGCCAGUUCCUGGACCCAGCCCAGGGCUACAAAGACCAUGACCUGGACCUGUGCGUGCCAAUCUUUACCCUGCUGCAGUUCUUCUUCUACGCAGGCUGGCUCAAGGUAGCUGAGCAGUUGAUCAACCCCUUUGGAGAGGACGAUGACGACUUUGAGACCAACUUUCUGAUCGACCGCGGGUUCCAGGUGUCAAUGCUGGCCGUGGAUGAGAUGUACGAUGACCUAGCCAUGCUGGAGAAGGACCUGUACUGGGAUGCAGCAGAAGCUCGCGCUCCCUAUACGGCGGCCACCGCUUUCUUGAGGCAGCAGCCCUUCCAGGGCUCCACCUUCGACAUCACGUUGGCCAAGGAGGACAUGCAAUUCCAGUGGCAGGAGGGCAUGGACGCGCCACUGGGGGAUGCACAAGGCGACUUACUGCAGCGUCUCCUGCCCAUGGGCGCGGGCAUGACCUCCGGAGGCCUGCUAGGUCGGCGCCUGUCCUUGCUGCGCCGCAAGAACAGCUGUGUAUCGGAGGCAUCUGUGGCUGGCAGCUGCGCGUGCUCGGGCACCCCUGAUGGUACAGCUCCAGAGUGCGGUUGUGGGGACCCACUGCUGGAUGUAGGCCAGCGGGAGCCGGAGUCUGAGCCACCCCCUGGCCUGGAGCCUCCCGUCCCAGGGCUGCCCACCGAGCCCUUCACUGUUGCGCCAAUCCCUGGGUCCCGAGGGCCGGCUCCACCCUGGCUGCCCAGCCCCAUUGGUGAGGAGGAGGAGAAUCUAGCCUGAGACCUUUGAACACUGGAUCCCCAAGGACAGGGGAUGGAAUCCCCUCACAGCCCACAGGCAGCAGUUUGGGUCUGCAUGAGCGGUGCGUUGUGGCAGCUUCUUACCUGCCUGCUAAGUGUACCUGCCUUUACAUUUGGCAGAGAUUUGGAGAGCCUCCUGUGGGCCAAGCACUAAACUAAGGGUGGGGUAUUCUUCCAGCUUCUCUGAACUGUGGGUUCUUAUCACCUGCAGCUUUACUUCCUACCCCCUCCUGUGUGAGAGGCCACUAUUGCCUUUCUUCUCUCUUUAAAAUGGACAUAUGAAUGAGUGCUCACCUCAUUGAGUUGUGAGGAUGAAAUGAAAUGCAGCUUUAAAGUGUUUGGUUUUAUAAUAGGUGCUCAAUAAAAUGUCAGUGGUUUUUACUCAA